UAUACUUUAUCUUUUUAAUUUGCAGUUGAAAUGACAUUAAAUCUGUAUCCAUGGACUACUAAAGAGCAAUUAGACUUAUUAAAGGAAUACUUGAUUCAGUCUACACCAACUACUAUGCAAUUAGUUGGUUUGUUUAUUUGUGAUGGUUUUCACAAGAUGGACCCUAUAAAUAAUACGAAGAUCUUUUGCUCCCAUUCAGAUCCUUUCAAUACCAAUGAUAUUGUCGUAUGGAUUUUUUAUACAGAAAGAAAUACUCGUGUAUUAGUCAGCACUGAAAUCCAAUUAGACAAAAUAUCUUUAAACCCUGAAGCUCAAAUAGUAGCAUAUAGCGAGGAUAAAUAUACAGAGACCCUGCCUCGCUAUUUCUCUGAUAACAAACAUGAAGAAUUGUAUCAAGACAGUUGUAAAAAGCUAAAGCAAACAUUGCAGUACUACGAUACUUAUAGACAUGCGCAAAACGAUUUCGAAGAUGUAUAUUACCAUGGUAUUAAUCCGCUAUGGGCCCCGGUGUUCCACGAGAUUUAUAAGGUUGGGUUUCAAUCUCCUUGCUUCAAAUACAUCAAACCAGCUUCCGCACACUCACCAAGUCCAAUUCAAUUAAAAUCGGGCUUGAAAUUAACAAGCGCUUCAAAGGAAGAUGUUGAUGUCAUCAAGGCUUCUACCAGUAUUGGGUAUACGCUCGAAUAUUUACAACAAUGCGCUUUUAUCUCUGCAGCUCUCAAAACCAAUGAUGCAGACGAACAAUUAAUAGGCUGGGUUCUGACUCACAGAGACAUGUUGGUAGGUGCUCUUCAAAUACUGCCAGCCUGGCGUCGUCAAGGUUUGGCAGAUAUUCUUAUGCAAGAUAUUUGCACAAAAUAUGUUGAAUUCUUUAAACAAAAUUUGCCUGAAACUCCUCUUGAUCGACUUUAUUUUGUUUCAACAGUUCAAACAUUCAAUGAUGCUAGUGCGAGACUAUUUGAGAAAUUGGGAUGGAAGCGCUACGGAUCUGGUGUUACAUGGCUUUUGUGUUCAAAGAAAUAGACACGCCAUUUUUUAAAAUAAAGAGUUUUUUAUACAUA